AUGACUGCAGUGCUUUUUCCCGACUGGGCCUACAAGCCUGUGUGGUCUCCGGGCUCACGUCAGGUACAAUUGUGGCACUUCUUGCUGGAACUGCUGGGCAGCGGAGGCCAGGGCGCCGCCAUCGGUUGGGGGCGCGAGUGGGGCGAGUUUGUCAUUCGCGACCCCGAGAGGCUUGCCCGGCUGUGGGGCGAGAGGAAAGGAAAGCCACACAUGAACUACGACAAGCUCAGUCGAGCACUAAGGUAUUACUACAACAAGUGCAUCCUGCAAAAGACCAAAGGCAAGCGAUUCACAUACAAGUUCAACUUGAGCAAACUCAUCCUGGUCAAAUACUCCAGAGCCACCCUCUUCCCUUUGGUCUCCUUUCCAGCAACAGUGGUCUUCCAGUCCAGGCAUUUCAGCCUAAUCUGCUUUUGUCACCGUACUGCCUCCCUCAUCAACAUCAUCAUUUUCAUCAUCAUCCCAUCCCACCAGCACCUCUUCACCAGACCCCUUCACCUUUCAUUGCCUGGCAGAACUACCUCAGCUGCGGAAUGCAAACUCUAG